AGCGACCAACACCAACAAUCAACAGAGCGCAACGGUUUAAUUAUGACUUUGGGUAAUCUACUUCAAGAAUAUGGUGUCAUCCAGGACCAAUUGAUAAGCGCAUUGAAAGCUUGGCAACGAAAACAGACAUUAGCUGGCAAUGGUGCACCACCUCCUAGCAAUUUGGAUGGUAUACAAAAGAUUGUGGAGACAUUGUUUGACCACAUCACAGAGAUUAUACUAUUUAUAAAUAAUCUCCUACAAAUGGGGAAUGAGGCAAUUCUCAAUGAGUACUUACAACAGGCACAGGAAUUAAAACAUAUUCUCAUAGUUUCAACAUUCAUCGUUGAAACGCAACCACCGCAAGUGAUGAGAAAACCAACAAGAAAAAAUUCGGCAACUGUUCGCUGGUUAAUCGGUGAUAAAUUGGACAUACAUUUGAGCAAACCAGUUGUAAAAUGUGAAAUACUCUCAGAGGAUUUAGCAAAGCGACUUAUUGUUGAAAACAUCCGUAUGCCACCUGAGAGCAGUGGCACAAUGACGGGCAAUGAAUGCAAAAUGAUAUACGAUAGCAAUACUAGGAAAUUCUCUGCAACUUUUUCAAAUCUUAUGGUAGGGGCGGUUAAGCGCUUUGAGGGAAGGGGUUCUGAAAAUUUUACGGAUAGAAAACACACUUUGCUCUUUUACACAAUUGCUGUAUGUAAGGGUCAUGCGAUUUAUUGCUGGACAAUUAGUGCACCCAUAAUUGUGAUAGUACACGGUAAUCAAUUAUCAUCGGCCUGGGCCACGAUUAUAUGGGAAAAUGCGUUCUCCGCAAUCGAACGUGAACCAUUCAAAGUUCCAGAAAGGGUACAUUAUAUACAAAUCCUGGAGACAUUAGAUAUGUAUUUUGGCUACCAUACAGGACGUAAUUUAACUCAAGAUAAUUUGAAUACUAUUGCCAAUAAACUGAGAGUGGAUGAAACUGGUCAGCUCAACGAUUUUAUUAGUUUUUCGCAAUUCUGUAAAGAUAAGAUGCCUAACUGUACUUUUACCUUUUGGGAAUGGUUCUAUGACAUAAAGGAGUUUACGAAGAACGUUCUACAGGAAGAAUGGACGAAUGGACAUAUUGUCGGAUUUAUAAGUGAACGGGAAGCCAGAGAAAUAUUAACUCAUCAAGACAAUGGCACUUUCUUAUUGCGUUUCUCGGAUGAUAUAAAAGGUGGCAUAAGUAUUGCUUAUCGUGACUGUUGUGGCGCGAUAAUAAUGUUGGAACCAUGGACCAGGGUUGAUUUCCACAUACGUUUCCUAGCUGAUCGUAUACGAGAUUUGAAUAUUUUAAAUAUCGUAUAUCCAACGAUGAUGCCUAGUAAUGCGGCGUUCCGUACUCCAUUUCCUAGACACGAUGAUCCCUAUAACUCGAACUUUUGAAUUGGAAUAGAAGUCAAGUUUCAUACAAAAUUUCUUCUAUAAAUCGAUUUUUUCGACCAGGACAUAAUACAAAAUAUAUGUAGAAUUUUACCAUCGAGUCAGAAUUUUUAAACAGUCGUAUGGAGGCGAACAAAUAAUACCAAAAUGCAACAAACAAAGUUCCAGUAUUUAUGUUUUAAUGGUAUAUAUAUAAAAUUUUAUGCGAAGUA